AUGGCCACCACCGCUGCCGUCGCUCCAGAUCCUGAGCCUCCAACCUUCCCAAUCGAUAUAUCGCCAAUAACACCUACAGAUUAUGGUACUUUCGUUACCAGGUCCUUGGCACGCGGAAAGCGAGAUAACGAUUCCAAUUCCAUCGACCAGAGAACUUUGCGCAACUGCUUGUCCCUUGCUUCGUCGUUCCUGAUGACAGACACAGCCAUAGACCCUCGAUGCGGGGCAGGCACCUGGUCCACCGGCCUCCUCCGCCUCGUGGACCUGGUCAUCGUUCUCCACAGAAGAAAUGAGCUCGAACUCGAAACUCUUAACUCUGCAUCAAGAGCUUGUUCAGAAUGCUGGACGGCAACUGGGAACUGGAGGGGGCUGGCCGAAUGUAGGCAGUGUGUACGAGAAGCAGCUGAGAAGCUGAAGAAAAUUCUGGAUCCUGACAAAACAUACAAAGGUGAACGUAUAUAUGCCCCUUGA